GGUGUUUCCUUCCCAACCCCUCCAUUCCUUCAUAGGGCCAGAGUUCUCUAUGCAUAAGCUCGUGUCAUGCUCCCUAGUAAUCAUGGAGCACAUACGGUGGGUAAAUCACUCCGGCGUCCCAUUAUGAAGAAUAUAAGUUCCUGGGUUGGGAAAUCAAGUUUGGCGUCAAUAGAAGCUAUGGGUUCAGCAAUUGGGGGCAUGAGCGGAAAAAGAGCUAGGUAUGUGAAUUGGAACUGUAUUCAAUAAUAUUUACAUCUACAAAGCUAAUGCGCAUACUCUAGUCCCUCCGUGGCUCGAUCAAUCGCGUCGAAUUCCUCGAAAACAUGGCAACCUAGUCAUGGUAUUAUCUUCAAAGACGCUUCUGCCCCAGGGUCACCGAGACUUUUGAGUACGACUACGGUAGCAAAUCACGAACAGACUUUGGCAUUUCAUUCAUAUGUCGAAGAUAAUUAUGUUCUGGCAAACGCGCAUGUUGAAAACUCGAAGACUCGAAGGGCGAAAGUGGCCAAGGAAGAGAUAUUGGAGCCUGAAAUAACAGCAGAUGUUCAAGAAUUAGCAGACGAGAUUGAGGAAGAUCCUGCUAGGAAGGAACUUCCCAAAUCCGAAUUGGCAUACCAAAUGACCGAGGAGUUGUUCACACAGGCGAAAGAGGCCGCACCAGAGACACCGGAAUCCUACUGGUCGCAUACUUUAUAUCGAGGGCCAGAGGAAGACGGUAUUCCUAAAAAAGUUAAGAUACACUAUUGUCGGAGUCUACAAACUACGGAAGAAACGUUAAAACGUUAUUUUUUGGGCCAAAAGCUCGUCGGGUUCGACAUAGAAUGGAAGGCGGAGGCUCGCGUUUAUGAUGACGCAAAAAAGAAUGUGUCUUUGAUCCAGCUGGCAACGGAAGAGCGAGUCGGACUUUUCCACAUCGCAUUGUUCCCCCAGAGUAAAGCCUCAGAAUUGGUGGCUCCGACUAUGAAGAAAAUUAUGGAGGAUCCAGAAGUGACGAAAGUAGGCGUGGCAAUUAGCGCCGAUUGCACACGCCUUAGAAAAUAUCUUGGUAUUCAUUCAGUCUCUAUAUUCGAACUUAGUCACCUGUAUCGGUUAGUCAAGUACACCGUUUCCCAGGAAUACGGUUUGAUCAAUAAGAGAUUGGUCGCCCUAGCAAAGCAAGUGGAAGAUCAUUUACAUCUACCACUGUUCAAAGGAGGGAGUGUUAGGUCUAGUGAUUGGACUCGAGGAUUAUCAAUUCAACAAAUUUCAUAUGCAGCUUCAGAUUCUUAUGCCGGCUACCACCUCUACAAUAUACUAGAGAGCAAGCGCCAAGCUCUGAAUCCGAUGCCUCCACGACCCUUUCAUGCCGACCAGAACAAGCCUAUUUACGUACCAAAACCCACACCAACUUCUACGAGGAAAUCCACUCGAAGUGGGACUAAGCAAGAUCAUCCUCUGCUUGACCCGGAACCCUCGCCCAAAGAUCUCAAACCCGCCCUUGAAGUUCCACUUGAAGCCGCAACAGAAAUAGAAAUCGACCGAGACAUCGAAGAAAAAAUCUCCACCCCAAAUCGUCUCCCAUGGAGAACCGAUCGUUCACAAGCUUUUAAACCUAGUCUUGGAGUUCCCAAGGAAACAAGUCAAGCACAACCAGUCCUCACCCGUGACGAUUCCGAAGCAUCCUCCAUCGCCCUAGCAGCUGAUGUACUUAUCGUCCUCCAUCUCGCGGCGAAUCCAGAAACGAAACUCACGCGCCCAAUCCUCAAGGACUACUUCAUUUGGUAUCAUAACGACCACCUUUCUAUUUCACAGAUCUUCAACCUAUUCACUAAGCCAGGAGCUCGAACAGCAGCUACCGGGACACAACGUAUAGCAAGCCAUAUAUUGAAAGCGAUUUCCUGCGAUAAUCUACCGUUUGAUAGGCACAGGUUAAGAGAGGCUUUGAAAGAAAUUCCGGAAGGUGUUGCUUGGGCUAAAUAUAGGGGAUUAGUAGAGGCUGUUGAUACUGCGAAAAUCUGAUAUAGAGACAUGGAAGUAUAAGAGGCGUUAUAGAAUUGGAGUUUUGAUUGAGGAUUGAGGAUAGGCAUGAGGUGCCUAUAACAUGAUAUUAUACACCAUGCCAAACCAUGAUUUUGGAAAAGGUACUGUGAAUUUGUUUUCAAUUUCUAAUGGAUAUGGGAAUGUACUCUGUGGGGCGCUUUCUGUAUACUAUGGGACUUUUGUGCAUCAUCGGCAGGAUUGAGACGGGAGAUAUUACCAACAGAUUUCAAUAUUUUUUAAGCAUAGUCGCUAUAUGAUGAAAUAACUGUGAUAGAACUUUGAUGCGUCUUUUGACCUUGGAAGACUGGAUUGACAUUCAUAAAUCAUGUAUCAAUUCUCCACCCACAACUUCAAAUAAUUCCCAUUUCAU